AUGCCAGGUGAUGAUGGAAAUGACACUCCUAAGGAUUUCAACGAGUGUGUCAGCCAAGAGCAACUACAGUCUGUUGUAGACAAUGCUCAGAAAGAUAUGAAGGAGAGGAUCGUCAAGGCCGUCACUGAUGCGUUCAUUGAACUCAAGUUAGGUGACAUCAUUGAGAGGUUGGACAGGAGGGUAUCCAUGCUAGGCAACAGGGUUGCUGCGCUGGAAACUCAUCAACCGACCUAUGAAGACACCGGACACCCCGAGGACGAGAUGUAUGAUGCCCAUAAGGAUGAUGAGUCCUUGACCGAUGAUGAGGACCUCCAGAUUCUCCUUCAUGGGGGUCUGGACGAAGGCGAUGAUGACUCCUGGGAUGACGACUUCUUCUCUUCCUCGGAAGAAGAUGCCCAAGACACUUCCAACGACGACGACUUGACAACAGGAGGGUUCCUGUGCGGUGGUUCAUCGACUUCAGAGGACGACGGGGAUGCCAGCGACGAUGCCAGUCGUAGCAGCGAUGGCGGGAAUAGCAGCAACACCGGCGACGACGAUGGCGACAGCAAUGACGACUCCAGCGCGUCCCCACCUUACAAGCGCCACAAGUCUUUAGGGACCCACUGGUGGUAA